AGAAAAAAAAAUAGUAGCAUAACAAGGACAAGUUGCAAGUUGAUUGUGAUUUGUGAUGUUAUUGUGUGAUAAAACAUAUUUGGAAUAAUAAAUAAACAUAAUAUCAGCUACAAACGAUAAAUAAACGUUUAUAUUUUAGUACUAGCUAGUUGAAGUGACAACAAAAUAUGACAUUUCAGACGUAGUUCAUCUAUUUACGAUAAACUUUUGACGAUUAAAAUAGUGGUUCCCAUGAAUCUUACAAAUUUUUGUUAGUAGACAAGAAAGAAAUGUAAUUUUGUUUGUUUAUCAACAGUGUUUCAAAUUGAUACAUCGCAAUAAUGUCUUUCUUCAAAAAUGUUGCAUCUGGAUUCACAGUCCGAAGUCGCGAUUCAAUGCUUAAAGAAGCGCUUAUAAACAAUUUGUCGGAAAGUGUGAAAGAUAUUCAAUACAGUAAUCAAUUCGAGGAGAAUUUCCACAGCGUUCUGGGUUCGACGGACUCUACGAAUACAUUAUGUAUGGCGCUAGAGGCAGUUUUUCUACACGGCUUGAAGGAUACUUUUCUGAGAAAAGCUAAGAAUGCUUUAAAGGGUGAGUCGGACCAGCAGCCGCAGCCAAAUUUUUGGCCUCUCAUCCUUGUUUUGUCUCACCGUCAAAAUAUAGACCAAAUAUCUUCAUUGCCUCAAAUCAAUACAGAAAUAGGUCAAUGUCGUGCAUGGCUGCGAAUUGCUUUAAACGAGUGCCUACUGUCCUCAUACAUGUCAACUCUGCUCAAGAAUAUAUCUGCUGUGAAGCCUUUCUACAAUAGAUCAGCAUUUGUAUGUGAUUCUGAAAUACUAGAGGUGGCUCAAAAGCUUGUUGAAGGCUUGGAAACAUGUGUCCAAUUUAACAUGCCCAUAAAUUCAAGUCUGCUAAACUACUGGCCUGAACAAGUCUUGAUGUUGGCUGGCAUAUGGGUGCCUAAGAUAAGACAAGCUCCUAUAAGUGCAGCUUUAGAUGUGGCCAGCACCAUAACAGAUGAGGAAGUCAAGCCCAAGAUAGUAUCAACACCCACACACACUUCCAACAUCACAGGACUGGGCCGCAUGCUAGCUUUGAAUGAAGAUGAAGCUUUGGAUUUCAUUCUGUCUAAAGAUAUUAAGGAUAUCACUAGUCGAAGCUAUGAACCUGAAGAAGAAGAUUUACCAAUAUCAAAAGCUAAAGAAGAAGUUAAAAAUGAAUCUGAUAGCUCCAAAAAUAAAGUAACACCAGUUGAAAUAGAACAGCCUUCCACCAGCCAGGACCCAGUAGAUGGUACUUGUGUGUCACCUUCAUCUGUUAACUCUGAGGACUUUGUGGCUCCCACAGAUAUUGUUGUAACUGGAAAUUCACUGUGUGGUAAGGGUUGGUCUACUGAUAAUAAUGAUGACAUGAAUGCCUCAAUAAAUUCCAAUUCAUCACAUGGCAGCAGUAUGAUAAAAACACCAGAAUUAAAGAGUUUAUCGUCUUUAGUAGAUAAUUCAAAUCCUUUUGGAGAAACUUGUACAACUACUCCCAACUUAAGGGACAUUAUGAAAGAUAUUCACAAAGAGUUGAAGUUAAGUUCAGAAGAUACAGAUAUUUGUGAUUUGAAUGCGGAAACAGUCAGUCCUGAAGAUCCAAUGUUACAAGGCCUGGACUUUGAAGUAGUUCCCAAUACUAUGUCCUCAUCAUUUACGGUCCAAGAGUUACAGAAGAUGAUAUCUCAAAUAGGAACUUUGUCAAGGGAACAAGGACUUGAUCAUCAAAACUAUCAGUGCAAGGGGUGCCAGGAUUUACUGGGCAGCACCAUUUCUAAAGCCAAAGUAUGUGCUUAUACUGGAGAGUACUACUGUUGUAACUGCAUGGACCCCAAUGUGUUUAUUAUCCCAGCAAGGGUCAUACACAACUGGGAUUUCAAAAGAUACCCAGUCUCAAGGAAGUCUGCUCUCUUUUUGUUAGAAUUUCAACAUCACCCUUGGAUAGAUAUGAAGAAACUAAAUCCAAAAAUUUACAAUGGUGUAUCAGAUAUGGCUCACUUGCAAGAACUGAGGAUUCAACUGAACUUCUUGAGAGCAUACAUAUUUAACUGUAGAGAGCCUGUCAUUGAAGAGUUACAAAAACGUGUGUGGCCUAGAGAGUAUUUGUAUGAGCACCUACACUUGUACACUAUAUCAGACUUGGCUCUCAUACCUAAUGGUUCUUUAGCAUUGCAGUUGGAGAAGGUGGUAAGUUUUGCUAGAACCCAUGUGUUAGAGUGUUGGUUAUGUAGCCAAAAAGGCUUUAUUUGCGAAGUAUGUCGCGACCCUAAAAUACUUUAUCCUUUUGAAACAAGCACAACAUAUCGCUGUGAUGAGUGCUCAAGUGUAUUUCAUGCUAAAUGUCUGAAUGCCAGUAUACCUUGUCCUAAAUGUAAAAGAAGGCAGAAUCGUACAAAUGAGGCAUCAUUGAUACAAGCUGUACAAUCUCAAUUCAUUAAAUAACAUCCUCCCACUAUAUUCUAUACAUUGUGUUCUGUACAAAAUUUGCAUUUUACUUGAUUUACAGUUGGAUUAUUGUAUAUUUAUUAACUGAUAUACAUAAAACUUAUACCAUUUUCUGAGUCUUAAUACAGGACAGGAUUCAAUUACAACAGAUGUACAAACAAUAACUGAAAAGAAACUCAAAUAAUAUAUUUGAGUACAUGCCUAUAUCAUAACCAAAUAUAAUAUAAUAAAUAGGUUUAAGGUCAUAAAAGAAUACAUUGUAUUUUAAAUGUUUCCUAGUAAAAUAUACACAUUAAGAAACAACAAACAAUAUAUUUAUGCAGUAAUAGCUCCUCUAAUGUAGCUAAUGUUGAAAUGACUAAACAAUUUGGCUUGUCAUUAACAGAUGUUAAUAAAAUGUGAUAUGAUAUGAAUAACUAGAUGAAUCUAUUUUAUACUAUAAGUUGCAUCAUUGUAGAUUAUAUUUUUAUAAAUGGUAGAAGAAUCUGAAAUAGUAAUACAAUAUGUUGUAGUAAGAAUACUUUUGACCUACAUACAUAGAUGUUUUGAUUUGAUAUCAAUAUUGACCUAACUGAUAAAAGUGGACUUGAAUUAAUCUAGUUUGUUUGGGCUAAUUAUAUUGUUAUUUAAACAAAGUGUAUAUUAAUAUUAUCUGUAAAAGAAAGAUGUUGCUGUAGUAAAACAGUUAUUAUAAUAUAUUAAUUAUAAUAUAACAAACAAUUAUUUUGAUUUUGAGUAUAAUUAUUUUAUAGAAUAUUGUUUGCUGUAAGUAUGAAAUAAAAAUUUUACUUUGGUAGCUCUGGAAUAUUUUCUUAUGAAUGUUUAUGUAUUUAAGUGAUGAUAUUAUUAUAAUAAAAUAAGAUAUUAAUGUUGGCAGUUUAAUCUAAAUCAUUAUAGUAAUUGAGUGGGUUCAAAAUAUUGUAAUUUGAUAUGCCAAGCCAAUGUGAUCUAGAUUCAUUGGUCAAAUGUACAUUCAUUUAUCAACAUUUAUUUAUUAAUGUGUUUGAAAUAUUCGGAGAUGGUUAAAUUGGCUGAUUAUAUUUGCUGCCGUCCUAAAACCAUCAUUUUCUUUGUAAUAUAUUUUUCAUAGCAAAUAUUGUCAUAUCAUUACUGGUGAUACGAUAGACUGUAGCGCACAGCUGAUGUCAAUAAAAUUAAUACGAAAACA